CCAUCCAGAACGGAGAGCGAGUUUAGCGUGGGUGGUGGCAUUGCUGGUAAAUGUUUUUAUUGUACUUUGACGAACGCAAGCCUGUGGGACAAAGAGAACAAGAAGAAGAAGAAGACGAGGCGACCAUAUAUCAUUCAAAAGAGCAGCAGAGAAAUCCUUUGAACAUGAGUCUCGUCAAGAGGAGCUUGUUUCCACUCGUGGUGCUGCUGGGCUGGGGGGUUGUCCUCCUCGUCGUCUUGGCUGCGCGUGGGGUCGAAGGUCACCAGAUCCAGUGUUACGUCUGCUCCUGGCAAAAACCAUCCCGAAACUUUAGCGUGGUCGACAACUGUACGCACAACAAUUUCGUGGAGGGAUACGCAGCCAUCGUUAACUGUUCCAAGGGGUGUGAAGCGGUGACCUACAGGCAUUCCAAGAAUGAUGAGAUUUACCACUUCAGCCGAAACUGCUUGAAUUCAAAGAGUGACCAUUCGACCGAUAGAUGUUACAAUACUGAAGAUAAGUUUGAAUACCUGUCCCGAUGUGAGUGCCAUUCCAAUCUGUGUAACUCGGCUCCAGUAUCGGCAUCGCCAUGGACGAAGCAAUUCUUCCUCGUUUUGGGGACCGGUUGCAUGAUGAUGAAAAUGAUAAUGAUGCAUCUUACUCCAAUUCCUUCAACUUAAAUGGUUUCCAACCAUGCCAUACCUUACAUCGAUCGAUGAUAUUAUCUUAAAUUCCAUUUUGACGAGGCAGUUGCAACCGUUUAUAACCAGUACAAACUUAAGAUGCCUGACUUACUACACAGCUUGCCAAAUUAUUACUAAAUAUAAAUCUCAGUCCAGUACAUAUAUACAUACACUCCACUUUAUACUGCAACCAAGUUAUUUAGCCCUCUAGUUUCUCAGGUAUCACACCAUUUUUUCAAGGCAACCAGACAUAAUAAAAUAACGUGCUUUCACUACGUAAGGUGCUACUGAUAGAGUAAGUACAUACAUAUAUCACUGACAAUGAGUAAUUAGAAAAUCUGAUAAAUAAGACGUCUGAUAAAUAAGACGCUUGAGGAUGAUAAAGAAUUCCAUUAUACGAACAUCGCUUACAUAUGUACGUUUUAUGACCACAGUGGAAUUUCCUUUGUUAAUUUAUAUCUUAAAAUGUUAUAUCUUUCUUUUGUAUUAUUAGUAUAGUCGUAUAGUUCGGUAAAAGUGCAAUAUUUCAAUUUUUAUUGUACAAUUAUAGUUAUUAUUAUUAAAAGUGACACAUUUGAAUGUAUAUAAUUAUAAUUUUUAUUAUAAAUUACACAUUUCAAUGUAUAACAAUGGCUAGCACAUCAAUGAUAAUAAAUAACAAUAUAUCUUAUCGCUACGAA